UCUUUCGCAUUCAGCAUGGGCUCUUGGGGUACACGUCAUACCUUUGCCGUCAUGGCAUUUUUGGGGUUCGCCAAUUUAUUCGCAAUGAGAUCCAAUCUGUCGGUGGGCAUAGUGGCUAUGGUCAAUUCAACUUCCAGCAACUCGGGGGCCUCAGGAGAGCAAUGCUCCAUUCCAGAGGAUAUUGACGACUCGUCGGGGGAUCAUCCGGGUGACCUAAAUUGGAGCUCAAGGGAACAAGGCCUUGUUCUAGGUGCUUUCUUUUACGGUUACAUCGCUACGCAAAUACCUGGAGGCAUCUUGGCGGAAAAAAUCGGAGGGAAAUGGCUCUUUGGAUUGGGGACAUUUUGUACGGCCGUCCUCACCCUACUCACGCCAUUGGCAGCAAGGGCUGGCAUUCCUUAUGUGAUCACAGUUAGGGUCCUCGAGGGAUUGGGGGAGGGUGUGACCUUUCCUGCCAUGCAUGCACUGAUUGCAAAAUGGUUGCCUAUCAAAGAAAAAGGUCAAUUGGCAGCCUUCAUUUGGGCAGGAGGUCAAGCUGGGACGGUGAUUUCGUUGCCAAUAAGUGGAGUUUUGGCAGAUGAACUGGGGUGGGAUUGGAUCUUUUAUGUUUUUGGAAGUCUUGGAUGUAUUUGGUUUGUAUUUUGGUGCUUUCUGGUAUAUGAAGAGCCCUCCAGUCAUCCCAGAAUAUCGCAGGAAGAGAGAACCUACAUUCGGGAAAAUAUACCAGCGUCCAAUCCAAAAGAACAACGAAAGUUUCCACCUUUACUAAAGAUCAUGACAUCUUGGCCCGUCAUUGCCUUAAUUGUGGCUCACAUGGGUGAAAAUUGGGGCUUUAAUACCCUUCUUACUCAAACGCCCACCUACUUGAACAAUAUUCAGCAUUUUUCUCUGAAAACGAAUGGAUUUCUCUCGGCCUUGCCCUACCUUUUGAUGUGGCUCUUUUCAAUCCCAAUGGGAUUCCUAGCUGAUUUUAUGAUCUCCAAGAAAGGCUUCUCAAUCGUGUUCGUGCGAAAAUUCUUCAAUUCCAUCGCUUUCUUUGGCCCCACCCUUGGCUUGAUCUGGUUGGCCUUUGUGCGUUGUGAUCGGACUUUGGCUGUGGUGGCCUUGAGCUUGAGCGUUGGCCUCAAUGGGGCGGUUUAUUCUGGAUUUCAAGUCAAUCACACGGACUUAUCUCCCAAUUAUGCGGCCACUCUCAUGGGCAUAACGAAUUUCUUCGCCAAUAUUUGCGGUUUCGUCACACCCUAUGUGGCAGGGGCGAUCACUGACCAAAAUAGAUCCUCGUAUGGAUCAACCACUGGUCUCACUCCUCACGAGGUUCCCAAACCAAAAGGAUGGAUUCAGUCCCGAUACGUUUUCGCACUGAUCGCUUUCUUCGGCUUUGCCAAUGUCUAUGCCAUGAGGGUGAACUUGUCCGUGGCCAUUGUCGCCAUGGCCGGGAAAUCGAACACUACCAGUGAGUCGGAUAGUUGUCCAAUUGAAGACACGGGCGAAAGCUCCCCGGGAGAUUUCGAUUGGGACUCCAACACCCAGGGAACCAUCUUGGGAGCCUUCUUCUACGGGUACAUAAUCACACAGAUCCCUGCGGGCAUUCUAGCUGAAAAGUUCGGGGGCAAGUGGAUGUUCGGGUUGGGCACGCUCAUCACUGCCGUGCUCACUCUAUUGACGCCCGUGAGUGCUCAUGCUGGAGUGGGAUGGUUGGUGGCCAAUCGCGUCCUCAUGGGACUGGGAGAAGGCGUCACGUUCCCCUCUAUGCAUGCCAUGAUUGCCAAGUGGAUCCCUCCCAAGGAGCGAAGUCGACUUGGUUCUCUCAUUUGGGCGGGAGCUCAGGCGGGGACAGUGGUGUCUUUGCCUGUAAGUGGAUACUUGGCAGAUGACCUGGGUUGGGAGUCGGUCUUUUACGUGUUUGGUGCACUGGGCAUCGUUUGGUUUGGCUUUUGGAUCUUCUUUUGCUUUAACUCGCCAGCAGAGCAUCCCAGAAUAUCCCAGGAGGAAAAGGACUACAUUGAAAGCCAUAUUCCGAGCGACAACGAACAAUCCAGUCUUCCAUUCCCUCCGCUUUUGAAGAUCUUCUCAUCCUUGCCAUUCCUCUCUCUGAUUGUGGUACAUUUCGGACAAAACUGGGGAUUCUACACCUUGCUAACGGAGACGCCCACUUACUUGAGUGAGAUUCAGCACUUCUCCCUAAAAACAAACGGACUCCUAUCUGCCUUGCCUUACUUGUGCAUGUGGAUCUUCUCGAUUUGUAUUGGUUCCUUGGCAGAUUUUCUCAUCUCUUCCAAGAAGAUAUCUGUGGUCAAUUCUAGAAAAUUAUUCAAUACCAUUGGGUUUGUGAUUCCAGCCCUUGGUUUAGUUUGGCUUUCAUUUGUGGGCUGUGACCGGGUGACGGCCAUUGCCGCUCUUUGCGUGGCUGUUGGCUUCAACGGAGCCAUCUACUCUGGAUUUCAGGUUAAUCACGUGGAUCUGUCUCCAAAUUAUGCGGGUACUCUGAUGGGAAUCACGAAUAUGUUCGCCAAUAUCUGUGGGUUCGUUACCCCUGCCGUGGCUGGUGCAAUAACCAACGGCAACCAAACAUUUGCGGCUUGGCGAAUCGUUUUCCUUUUGUCUACAGGAGUCUACUUGGUGUGUGAUCUAGUCUUCGUCAUUUUUGGCAAUGCUGACGUCCAACCGUGGAAACUCAUUGGGAGAAAUAGCGACUGAAAUAAAUUAUCGACCAUCUA